AUCGCUCCAACAGCAGUUUGCUUGCAGUCCCCGAUUUGCUCCUGUAAUGCCGGACAAGGCCGACAUUAGAGGCUCUUUGUCACCCUCAAUCUUUUCAUUCUACAAAGAUGACACCGAAGAUCAGCUGCUGCCCAUACCAAAGGUAAAUAAUUUACAGUUGUAUGUUGAUCUUUCCGUUCAGCUCCUUGACGCUACUGGUAUGCCAGAAAAAGAUCGGGAGGAAGUGCUUGAGUCCAUUAUGGAAAUGACAGGUGCUCGACAGAUUGUAGAUGAUGCCAUGAAGACUCUGUCAAGCACGGAACUCUUUGGAAUGCAAGGUGAAUUGAAGGAAGUCACUGAGCGAAUAGCAAAAAUAUUUACGAACCUUGAGAAGACAUUCAAUCAAAAACAGAAGAAGGAUAUGAAGAAACGGGGAUUUACAUUUUUAGAGACGAAUCAGUUGGAAGAAUUGCAUAAGGAGCAA